UUAGUGGUGGAGCCUCAACAGUCUACUUACGGAGUGCCACAAGGGGGGAGUCGCUGCUCCUCGCUCAUUUCUCAAUUAUCACCUUUUUCUGGAGGAUCAUCUCAACCCAGUGGCAGUGUGAACAAGGAACAUCUUCACAUCAAGAUCGAGGUAGAGCAGCAGUAUGGAGUCGACGCUGGAUAGUUCGGUGUACCACCAACACGCUGACGACGGAACUCACCACCGCCAGUCGCGGCCGGUGGUGGUGGGGGCGCCUUAUAUCCUCUGCGUCUUCGUGGUUGCCGUCAUACUCAUGGGGGUAGGAACCUUCGUCACCUCACACGCCUACAGCCUGGACAAAGAAGACAGGGUUCUACUAAUCGUCGGUCCAGCGCUCUUAGGACUAGGAGGUCUGCUCCUGUUGGGGACGGUGCUCAUGUGUUUGGUAGCCUGCUGCAAGAAUCGGCGGAUGAGGGAGGCCUUCUCCGACGAAUUCCUCAAUUUCGGGGGCUCCACUUUUUACGGCGGGAGGGCCUUCGUGCAGCUGGAGGACGAGACCCAGCUCCAUGACCGCUCCCACCACCACCACCACCACCUCCGGAACUCAGCCGUCGAGGGCGUGACCAACCUCGCCGGACCUGGCCACAACGAGGCCGUCAUGAUCUUGGCCAGCACGGUAGCAGAGGAGAGAGACAGACAACGCAAGAUGUCUAAAAAAUUCUCCAGAAAUCUGUCACAUGACCCCAGCCGACACGCGGAGGUUCCUGGCUACCCUCAGUACUACCUAAGUCCUCAUGGCCAGGCUGUCUCCCCGGAUAACUUGGAAUAUAUCGACCACUUAGGUUUGAACAGACUUCGUAGGACAGAUGAGUACCCGGAGCUGGCCGAGGACUUCGACCUGGGAGAGACGGAGGAGACCAACGAAGGACUGAGGGAGAGAGCUUACAGCGUGUCAGUGAGGCGGCCAAUGGUGCAGCUGGGUCCCGUUGAACACAGACUGAGGAGGAACGUAACUUUCUCGCCUUCCUCCCGUGUCAGGUUACAGCAACAGCAGCAAUUACUGUUUUUACGGCAACAGCAGCAUCUACAAGAGCAACAGUACGCAAGUCCACAGCGCAAACGUAGCUCUAGACGGAGGAAGGGACGAUCAUCCAAGGAGGAGAACGCGGAGGGCAUCAUGGUACACCAACUGCCUCGGUUCAACCCGGACUUGCUGAGUGCUGUGGGCGUCAAACAAAAUAGUCCUCAUCUGGAUCACGACUUGAGUAACAAAGGCCUGCUGGACCAUCACAGCCAGGCGCCACACGAUGACUGGCGGGGGAACCCAGACGUCACCCACGGUAGUCUGGGCAACCCUCGACGCCGACCCUCAGUAGUCAUGGGCGUUAAAAGCAUCAGGUCAAAACACUCUGGUUCUGCCUACAGACAUCACUCCGUUUAUGCCUCAGAUAUGGACCUUCACAGGUCAUCUAUAGGUGCCGGAGUUAGUGGAGAAAACCUCAACAAUUCCGGAGCUGAACAAAUGCCACCCAGAGUCCCAAGCCCCAUGAGGCACUACCAGAACCCGGCACUCCUAGGUUCAGACUCCGGGGACCGUCGAAUGGGAUCCUCACCUGUGCUGCCUCUUCCCCGCCCCGAUGAAGGCUCCCCGUCUUCGUUCUUUCGAGAAGACAGUAUAGGAGGUAACAGUACACCGCCAAGGUCCUCCUCCACCUCUCCUAGUCUUGGUCGACCUCUUUCUAACAUAUCCUCCGAGUCUUGUUGUUCUGGCUGCUGUGACAGUGGUGACGAUGGUCCUCAAGACGGCCAGACUGAACAAGGCGGCAACAAUACUCCCGACCAAGACAAGAACGACCUGGAAACUAAAUCUCAGGCGACGUGAGGAUUAAGAAGAGUCAUGCCGUUAUAACUGAUAUGUGACUGACCUUGUAAAUAUUACCUGUUGAUGGGCAGUACUUUCUGUUAUUACUGUUGGCUUUACCACCUUUGACCUGAAGUGUCUCAAAGGUUGAAUAUGUUCAACAGUCUAAGUGAAAUUAAGUCUGUGUAGUGAUGACCUCCAGGACACGUGAGGACUUUGGUGUAUUACUGUGCUGCCUGACGUAACCGGGAGACAUACAGGAGUAUAAUUCACAGUGGAGUGCUGGAGGUAACUGUGUGACAUUGCCGAUCAGACUAUAGACUGAGUAACAGAGAGAGAGAGAGAGAGAGAGAGAGAGAGAGAGAGAGAGAGAGAGAGAGAGAGAGAGAAAAGCAGUGACUAAGACCUCCAGGUAUUACUCUCGGAGAACCUCAUCAACACAGCAAGAGAACCUGCAGAUGCGAAUUGACGGUAUUAGUUCUACGCAACAUCCUGUUACAGACGGACACACACACACACACACGUGGGGGCACAGCUGUUCAUAGAGCACACAAUACCCAAGUGAAGAGAGGUUGGUCUCAUUGCCUCGAGUUUAAUGAUGGACUAAAAGCCAGGGACCAGUAAAGGAUCAUUAGCCGUACAGUAAAGGAUCAUUAGACGUACAGUAAAGGAUCAUUAGCCGUACAGUAAAGGAUCAUUAGACGUACAGUAAAGGAUCAUUAGCCGUACAGUAAAGGAUCAUUAGACGUACAGUAAAGGAUCAUUAGACGUAGUAUCCAUUGUUUAUAAAGUCUUAUGAUCAUAUAUAAAACCUAAUUACUUUUAUUUAAGUGACAAACAUAUACCUGAAGAGUUCAAGAGGAGGACAUUUACCUGAAGCUUGUUGACAAAACAAUUGCACUUGAUGCUGUCACGUCCGCUGCCUCAAGUAUAACCUUUACCUCUCUGUCCGUCUGUUGAUUUGGUUACUAACGCUCCUAGAUAUCAACCCUAGUACUUUGUUAAGAAUUUUUUGUUAUAAUAUGUAUAUUUUGAGAGUGAAUCGGUUUAGUUUAUAUCAUAUCAAUGUGAUUUAAUUAGUAAGAUUUCCAACAGGUAACCACAGGUAAUCAAGUUAAUCAGACCAGAUGUAAAUAUACCCACCAUUUCCUUACCUUAACUUCCUAGAUUGACAGAUAAACACACUGAAAAAUAUCAAUUGAAGGUAAAAUUAUACUAGUCUAGGAAUAUGAAAUAAGAUCAAACAAUUUUUACCCCCUAAGAUGUUAACUAUUACAAAUUCUCUAAAUUAAUAUAUGACUUUUAGGAAACAGAGACGAAUAAAAAAAACUUGAGGAUGGUCUAAUGUUUGUCUUUGGUCUAUAUCUUCUUCAUAAUAUAUGUUGUAGUAUAUUUGAUCUCAGUUAUAUUAUGUAAGUAUAUUAGCUUAAGAUGUUAAAUAAAUCAAAUAUUUUUUU